AUGCAUUUCAACAGCAAUCUAUACGCCAAAGAGAACCUCAAACUCACAUGGAUUCAUUUACCUUCUACCAAGAUGGUUUGGAUAAAUGUCGGUGUCCUAAUUGCAUUUUCAGAGCUAAACGUAGAACAUAUGUGCAGAAGUCAUACUAACAUUAUUUCCCAGGAUCCUCUCACCACAAUUAUGUCACAUGAACGUUAUCGUACUCGCGACUACUACAAAGUCAGGUCUUCCUUCCGAGAUAGCUGGGUUGAAGUCCCUGACAAAGAAUCUCGUUCACGAAUGAUGAGGCCCCGGUCUGUGAUCAGACCGACGGAGAAGUCAACGAACCUCCAGUUAAAAGAAGAAGAGACAACAGAAUCUACUACACUCACAGAAACGGAAAAAACGGAAGAUGGAAGUCGGGGAUCGGAAGCUGCGGAGAGCGAGACCGGUCUCGCCGACUCGAAGACAGAGAAUCAGAAGAUCUACAAUGACUGGGAAUGCAAUUCUGACCAGCUUCCAAAGAAGUCUCACGAAUUCAUGCCAUACCUAUCCUAUUUUACUUAUUGUAGUCAUUGGGAUCCGAGACUACUCUCACACGACUGGGAUCUAAAACAAGGGCAUGAUCAUUACGAAGAGCUGUUGGAUAUGUACAAGGGGAAGGAUGAACAACAACACGGUUCGCCAACUCUUGAUGAACGGUACUACCAAUUCGCUGGAGAAGACAACGGAGCCAUAAACGACCAGAGCUGUAGGAAUGAGAGCCAGAUUGUGAGCAAGUAUCUCAGAGAGAAUGAGAGAGCAGGAGAUAUGAGCAUUGAGAGAGCCUAA